UGAUUUUUGUUGUUUUGUCAUCGGAAUUACUUUGAAAUACCCGUGACAAGUAAUCGUGACCUAAAUAUCGACCAUCUCUAUUGUGUUUUGAUUCACGUUCGUGGGCACGAGGCAAAAUCGCAGCUGGCAAUUAUUUUGAGAUCGUUGCAACAUUAUAUGAGCAAUGUCUAGGCGUGGCAACUAUAGAGGUGGCGGUGGAUCCCGUUACUCCGCGCUAAAAAGCUUUUCUAAUGUCGAGGAUCCUCAGCGUCACAAGGAUCAAAGUAAACGUCGCGUCACCUUCAAGACGUCACAGUUAGCUCCGAAAACUAAUGUCAAGCUGCGACUUGAGGAUGUGCGUCGUUUGAAUGAGGAUGAUGAUAUGAUGAUGACGAUGCAGGAUCGUCCCGUCUCAAAAUUACGCCGUCGUGAUUCCCCAAUUCCACGUGCUAAAUAUGUUCAGCUUGUGUCCAAUAAACUUGGCUGGUAUCAAGUGACUAUUCGUAAUGGUCGGUUGUUUGAGAAGGAGACGCUGCUUCACUCCUUGCAAGAGGCAAUAUCGCCCCUUGUCAUUAUUCCACAAUAUUGGCGCUCGGAAGAAAGUCGUGUUAUCUUCUUUACGGAUAAUUUUCAAGUGGCGGAGCGUAUACAACAACUGGGAAGUCUUGCCAAGCUGCCGGAUGGAGUUCCGCUGAGUCCGCUUGUGAGCUGUGGCUUUCCACCGGUUACUAUCAAUGAGGAGCUCAAGGCCAAGAUGAAGAUGGUGAUGGCCAAGCGAUAUAAUAUUGAGACGAAGGCUCUGGACUUAUCUCGAUUUCAUGCCGAUCCGGAUCUCCAGCCCAUCUUUUGCCCGCUCUUCCUUUUAAGCGUAAUGUGUGUGGCCCUCGACAUUAUAUGCGAGAAUAUUCCCGAUGUGGAAGCCAUCAAUCUCAAUGAUAAUGAACUGCACACAAUCGAGGCAUUCAAGGGCGUGGAAAAGCGAUUACCGCAUUUAAAGAUACUCUAUCUGGGCGAUAAUAAGAUACCCACUUUGAUCAAUCUCUUUAUCUUUUGCCGUUUGCGACUUGUAGAGCUGGUGUUGCGCAAUAAUCCGUGCAGCUUGCGCUACAAGAAUCCCGUGCAAUUUGUCCGCCAAUUGCGACGCAAGUUUCCCGCACUAAUCAAGUUGGAUGGAGAAGCAUUAAUGCCGCAGGAAUCGGUAGUUUUGCCAACAACAAAGGCAUCCUUUAUGUGUAACAUCGACGGCGCUGAAGUUUUACGACAAUUCCUGGAACAGUAUUUCAAUAUCUUUGAUUCAGGUAAUCGACAGCCAUUGCUAGAUGCAUACCAUGAUCAUGCCCUGCUCUCGAUGUCAAUGCCCUCGAUGACUCAGGCGGGCAGACUGGACAGCUUCUGGAAAUUCAAUCGCAAUCUGCGACGCACAAGGAACAUUGAACGUGGAGAAGGGUACAUGCGACUUUUGAAGAUUGGUCGCUUGGCCUGCGUAUCCACAUUGGAUGAAUGGCCACGUACGUUGCACGAACGUUGCAGCUUCACCGUCGAUCUGACCAUGUGCAAUCCCCAAAUGAUGGUUUUCACGGUAACGGGUUUGUUCAAGGAGCUCACAGGAGCUACAGAUGCAUUGCAAUCCUAUGAGCUGCGCUAUUUUGUGCGCACAUUUGUGGUGGUGCCCCAAAACGCUGGCUUCUGCAUACGCAACGAAACUAUAUUUAUAACAAGUGCAACGGUGGAGCAGACACAUGAAUUUGAACGUAGUCAAACCACUAAUCCAUCUCUUAAUUCAUUGCAAUGUCAGUCAGCGGCAGUUGCAACAAAUGUGAAUAUCUCCUCACUCAGUGAUGAAACAAAAAUGCAAAUGGUGCAGAACUUGAGUACACAAAGCCAAAUGAAUCUAGACUGGAGUCACAAAUGCCUGGAGGAAACCAAUUGGGAUUUCAAUCAAGCUAUUUAUGUGUUUGAGAAACUAUUCAAGGAAAAUAAAAUACCACCCGAGGCCUUCAUUAAGUAGAGUAAUAACAGCAACUGAAAUCUGCAACAACACAAAUGUAAUACUAGUAAUAAUAAACAAAAUAAAAUAUACCAUUAUAUUUUUAAACUCA